AUGGCUGCAUUAGACGUUGAAGCGCUUCUUGACGCCACCGCGAAGAACACGGACGAGAGGAAGCCCAGGCACACAGACGACGACGAGCGCCCCAAGUCGUCCCGAUCCAAUAGGUCGGACCGUCGAGACCGCGACCGCGACCGGGAUGGCUCCCGCGAGAGGGAUAGGGAGUACUAUGAUCGGAAGCGGCGAGAGCCCACAAGAGCCGGCGGAGGAGCCGGAGCCGCGACGAUGACCGUCGCCACCAAUCGCGCCGCCACCGGGGAGGAGACGGCGACUACUACCGCCGCUCCGGCGGUAGGUCGCGCUCUCGAUCGCGCUCGCCCGGUGGACGGCACUCGAGGAGGGGAGUACCGAGAUCGUCGUGACCGAUCGGACCGCUACGGCGGCGAGCAACGUCAACGAGGCGGCAGGGAUGAUGAUCGUCGCGAGACCCGAAAGCGUGAGGCCACACCUCAACCCACUGAAGAUGAGCGAGAUCGUCGCACUGUUUUUGUUCAGCAGCUUGCAGCCCGUCUGCGUACCCGCGAAUUGAAGGAGUUUUUCGAAAAGAUUGGCGCCGUCAACGAGGCCCAGAUUGUCAAGGAUCGCAUUAGUCAACGAUCCAAAGGUGUGGGCUAUGUUGAAUUCAAGGAGGAGGAGUCAGUAGCCCUAGCCCUCCAACUCACCGGUCAGAAGCUCCUAGGUAUUCCCAUCAUUGUUCAACUCACCGAAGCCGAAAAGAACCGCCAGGUGCGCAACACAGAUGGCUCCAAUGGUCAGCCCAACUCGAUCCCCUUCCACCGGCUCUACGUUGGCAACAUACACUUCAACGUCACCGAGCAGGAUCUGCAGGCUGUGUUUGAGCCAUUUGGCCAUCUUGAAUUCGUGCAGCUUCAAAAGGACGAACACGGACGCAGCCGAGGCUACGGUUUUGUGCAAUUCCGCGAUGCAACCCAAGCGAGGGAGGCCUUGGAGAAGAUGAACGGCUUUGACCUAGCUGGUCGUGCUAUUCGUGUUGGUCUAGGAAACGAUAAGUUUACCCCUGAGAGCACUGCCAAUCUUCUGCAGAGGUUUUCUGGCCAGAAUUCGUCUUUUCAAGGUUCCGCAUUCUCCGGCGCUGGUGGCCGCAACCAGCAAAACUCCACCUUUGACAGGGCUGGGGGUAGAGACAACGACAAGGCAGGUGGCGCUAGCGCUCUUGACGACACUGACGUUGCUGGUGUCAACUUUAACAACUAUAGUCGCGAUGCUUUGAUGAGAAAACUUGCUAGGACGGACGAGACGUCGGAGGUGGCAGAAGAGCGUCAGAUCCUCAAGCCCAAGACCGAGGUUAAGGCCCUACCCGUCAAUGUUAACAUGGCUAGCCGUUGUGUAGUGCUGCAUAAUAUGUUUGACCCCAAUGAAGAGGAAGGAGAUUCCUGGGUCAAAGAGUUGGAGGAGGAUGUGCGAGGUGAGGCUGAGCAGAGAUACGGCCACGUCGUACAUAUCUCGGUCGAUCCUAACUCAAAUGGCGAUAUCUACCUCAAAUUCGACAAGGUUCAAGGUGGCGAGAACGCCAUCAAGGGUCUCAACGGCAGAUAUUUUGGCGGCAGGAUGAUCGACGCGUCGCCUGUUGUAGAUGCCGUCUACAGCAGACUCUUUUACGGCAUCAUCUCUCAUUAA